CACCAGAGCCGUGCGGCCGAUCCCAUUUUAUCACUUGCAUUUAUUGCAUCCACCACAUCCGUCGAGUUUUCCUCUCCACUUCAUUCUCUCUGCAUACUGUUCAUUCACCUCUACAUUUGUCUUGUUUGGCUUGUUGCGGUCAUUGCAUCUGCGUCCUUUUCUCGUCAUACCCGCCUUACAACGCGGCCAGCUCUUUCUCGAAUCCCUUGACUCGAGCGACUUCUCGCAAACAUGCGUUUCACCAACACCCUCGCCGCUUUUGCGGCUUCAUUCUCCUUGGCACAAGCCUUCACCUCCGGCUUCAACGUGGCCGCCAAUAACCCCGAUGGCUCAUGCUUGACCACUGCUCAAUACACCACCGCCUUCCAAAAGCUCCAGGCGCUCCCUCAGAAAAUCAAGACUGUCCGCUUGUACGCGUCCAGCGACUGCAACCAGCUUGCACUCGCCGUUCCCGCGGCCAUCAGCACCGGCACCCAAAUCCUCGUCGGUGUCUGGACGGAAGAUGAGGCCCACUACACCGCCGAAAAAGCGGCAUUGCAAUCUGCAAUCCAGGCACACGGCCACAGCUGGAUCUACGCCAUCUCUGUCGGCAGCGAGGACCUCUACCGCGGCGACACCACUGCCUCCACGCUUGCAGGCCAGGUCUACGACGUGCGUGGAAUGGUCCGACAAUACGGCGUUACGCAGCCCGUCGGUCACGUUGAUACGUGGACUGCGUGGGUGAACUCCACCAACUCGGCCGUCAUCACUGCUGUUGACUUCCUCGGCAUGGACGGGUACCCCUACUUUCAGUACUCCUCCAUUGGUGAUGCGCCGUCGGUGUUCUGGACUUCGGUCAACAACACCAAGAAUGUUGCUCAAGGGAAGCCGGUGUGGGUGACUGAGACUGGAUGGCCAGUGUCUGGCUCCAACUUCGGUGCUGCCGUCCCCUCCAUCGGCAAUGCCCGCAAGUACUGGCGUGAGGUCUUCUGCAAGGCCACUUCGGAGAUCGACAUCUUCUGGUACGUCUACCAGGACUACUCGUCGAACCCGUCUUUCGGCAUCUUCAACUCUGCUGGCAAUGCCAUCUACGAUUUGAAGAGCUGUUAGAUGUUACGGUAUAAUGGGAACAUGAAAAGCAUAUCACACUGAUAGACUGGAAUGGGCAAAGCAUGGCAAAAAGAUUGACGGAACAUGCUCGAUAGUAAUGUGUUUGAUAGACAUAAUUACUGCACAUCAAUGAUCUUUAUGAAGCACA